AUGUUAACGAAUCCCACCAUGGUGAGUAUGGGUGUAUGCAGGCGUGAGGAGCGGUAUUGCCCUAUCUUCAUUCCAUCAAAGGGGCGUUAUCACAGUGAACGCGGCACUAUCGCCAUGUUAAUUCAAGAUCAAAUUCCAUUUACGGUUGUUGUCCAGCAGGAAGAGGCCGAACGAUAUGAGAAACUUAUUGAUCGAUUGGUAGAAAAGUGCUGGGGUGGUGAUGAUGAUGAUGGAAGGAGUGAACCAUCACUAUCACUAGCAUCAUCAUCUUCAUCUGCAUAUCCGAAAAAGUGUAAAUCUGUAUUUACAUUAGAUAUGGAUCUCACAGCCAUGGCAGACUCUUUAGAGAUUGAUAUCUUAUCAACCUCUGAUAUGACUAUUCAGGAGAAAUGUUAUUCCUCUUCUUCAUCCUUAUCAUCAUCUCUACACAUCCCACCACUCGCCCCACCACUUGUGCGAAGUACAGUAGAUAUACGGCAUCUCUUUAAAGUGGAAUCUCUUCCCUUAUCAGAUCAAGGUGUAUCAUAUGUACGUAAUUACAUUUUAAAGAAUCUUGUACCAAAGGUGUUUGCCCAACAACAACAACAACAACAACUAUCACUAUCAUCAUUGGCAUCGCCCUCGCCUUCUACACCAUUAUCACCGUUAACAGAUGUAUAUUCCCACGCCUCGCACUCUACAGAUGUUUUGGUAACAUCAUCUGAAGAAGAAGAAUGGUAUUGGGUGAUGGAUGAUGAUAUUCAACGUUUCUAUCUUGCCCAUAAUGGAAAGAAUCACCCCAUCACACCACGUCGUCUCUUCACAGAGGUGUAUACACGUCUACAACAACUUCAAAACACUGUAUGUGAUGUGCGGAAUAUUGCAAUCUUUUCACUUGAUUACUCACGGUUUGCGUACACCUAUAGUGACCAUGAUGUGGCAUUAAAUAGUUACAACAACAUUGCCUCCCUCUUUCAUCAUAAUCUUAUACCAUCAGAGUGUAUGUAUCGAUUUCGUAUUCGAGAAGACUAUGACUUUACACUUCAGCUUAUUUCACAUGGAUUACAAACUGCACGAUUUCGUAAUCUCUCCUUUGAAGUGCCUCGAAUGGCGGAAUUAUCAGGUGGAAUGACAGAAUACUAUAAAAAGCAAAAAGAAGAUAUUCGACAACAAAAUAAAAUGUUUAUCGAUACAUGGCCAGCUGUAGCACAUGAAUGUAUUAAAGGGAAAGGUGCAUUGGAACGUGAAGAUAUACGUGUGCGAUGGGAUUUACUUCAUCCAAAGAAGAAUUCAAAUCCCGCUGCUACUCUACAGUCUCGUAUACCAUUGCAGGUAAAGACGAAAAAAAAAGCAACAACAAAAUGUGAUUCCCAAAGUACUCCUAUUGCGGAAAUGGAGUUUACAGAAUCCGCUGGAAAAGGGAUAGAUACCACCGGUAUUCAUACCCUUGUUAAGAGGAAGAGGCAAAAUGAGUCUAGCGCUACACAGGAAUUAGAAGAGAAAAAAGAAAAGAGACAUCAACCAUCACCACCACAACAAGAAGAAAAAGAGGAAGAAGAAGAAGAUAAAGUUGUGGUGAAUAAUGGUACAUCAAAGUCACAAACAAAUAAAGGAAAAAAACGAGAAACCACUACAACAACAACAACAACUACUACUACAACUACACAAAAGACACCACCUAAAUGGAAAGGUUAUGCUCUGCAGUACUGGCGAGAUCUCACCCCAGCGGAGGCGGAACUUCUCCACUUACGUCUCAUCCCAUCAGAUAAACUUCGAAUUGGACAAACCGUUGCGGUUGUGCCUCCUCUCUUUGAACAUAAACCCUCCGUAGUGGAGGCCAUACUCGUAGAUAAGAGUGAUAAGCGUCGACGUAGAAAGACUGGUACACCACAACAAGAUCAGAAAUCAUCCGUAAAGGAAACUGAAAAUACUACAGAUGUCUUUAUUGAAUGGACGGCUGUGGCACGAGGUUUACCCUUAUUGACGGUAACACACUGUUAUGAGAUUCCAGAAAUAGGUGUAGAAGUGGCUGCUGCCGCCGUGGAUGCAUUUUUUGAAAAGGAGAAGGAGAGAGGAAAUGGAUGA